AUGAGUCACCUCAACCCCGGACUUAUUUCAGCCUACAACAGUCUGACAGACAAACAUCUCGCCGGAUAUUUCAGCAACACUCGGAUCAGGAGGCAUCUGCAGAGGGCAGGGCUGAUCACCAGAAGUGGGCGGAUUGUUCCAGACAAAGAGUACAGACACAAACUGAUCCAGAGAGCUCACCAGAGACACGUUCGAGAAUGUCUGGCCCAGGCCAUUUUCCACAAGGUGCUGGAGAUGGAGCGUCUCCACCAAAUAGAGAUCAAAAGGAAACUGGAGGAGUUUGCAAGGAGGGAAAGAGUGCACAGGAUCAAGGUGGAGCGCUCCAAAAGGUACGAGGAGGACAUUAUCCGCAUCCUGUCUCCACGUCCACCCACGGGUGCAAGAGGUCUCCGGAAACAGCACUCUGGGCCAGAGGGGGAGCACUCUGAAUCCUCCGAGUCUCCGAGCUCGUCUCGACCAAACACGGCUCCGGGGAAGAUGCAGCGACCGAUUCGCCUGAAGCCGAUCCACAGCAACAGCACCACGGCUUCACUCAGACGCAGCUCCCCUUACAGACUCCUGGAGUCCUCGCACGAGAACAACCAGUCAUUCAACGGCAAUAUGGACAAGGAGUCCCGCAGACGUUUUACCGCGGUGGAGGCCUCACAUGGCAUCUCGCCCUACUGCCUCCCGGUCAUCAACAACUUCGUCACGCCGGUGCCUCCGACCACAAAGAGGAAAGAGAGGGGGGCGAAGGUCAGUCGCAGCAACACCAUCAGAGGCCGAAGACUGCGUCCGACCACCGCCUCCAGUGGAGACGACCCCCCGAUGCUAAGAAGCUCAGUUCACCAGAGCAAAGUGGCCGUGAACAUGGUGUACUUUGGCAAAACAGUGCAUCUCUCCCACGACCUGACCGACAUGAGGGAUGAGGUCAAAGUGUUUCAGCAGCACUGUGGAGGAGAAAACCUGUGUGUCUACAAGGGAAAGCUUCUCGAGGGAGAGAGUUUCCAGUUUAUUUCAAGGCGCCACAGAGGUUUCCCCUUCAGCUUGACCUUCUUCCUGAACGGGCUGCAGGUGGAGCGGCUGAGCUCCUGCUGCGAGUUCAAACACAGGAAAGGCUCUCGGCUCGGCGGCAGACAUGGACACUUUGGCUUCUCCAGCGUAGAGGGAGCUUCUCCCUGUUACAAGUGCAUCAUAGCAAUGGGACUGGACAAAAAGCCGACUCCUCCACCGAAGAGGGUCAGAGAGGACGUAGGAAGAGAGGAAUCAGUCAGCAGCCCAAAAGAUGCACCAGAGAUGGAGACGGAGAGGACUGGUGAGGACGCUGCCUCCCAGUCAGAGUGUGAAACCAGUCAGCCACAGGACAUGGAGACUCAAGUCGAAGAAAAAGCAGCACCUGAGGAGGACAAAGUCCGAGAUGACUAUGAAGAGGACUUUGAAGCAGAUGAUGAAGCCCCAGCAGAAGAUGAGGUGAAAGAAGAGAAAUCUCCAUCUCCAGUCGUUGAAACGGAGAAGCAGGACAAAGAGAAAGACGCCUCUGAGGCUGAAGACAAUGAUAAAGAUGAACACAUAAAGUCUCGUUCAGGCUCCAGCUCCUCCGGCAGCGAUCAGGAGGAGAGUGAUGCUGAAGAAACAAAAGACUCAAAGGAGGAAGAGAAAGCAGAGCAACCUAAAGAAGUGGAUGGAGAGCAAACUGUUGCUCCGCCGGAUGAAAAAGACGAACCAAAUCCAGAAGAAGCUGCCGCCACUGAGGGAGAGUCUGCUGUGGCCAAAGACUCGGACAUUCAGGACAGCGCCGGCGACAGCACCGAGAUAGACAUCUCUGACACCAGCGUCCCCUCAGGGAACGACAACAGACAGAGCGACGACACUUCAGAAGUCAAAGAUGCUGAGAAAACAGUGGAGGAGAGCAAACCGGAGGAGGAACAGGAGAGAGCCAAAUCUGUGCAGGAGAAGCUGGCCGAAGCCAUACUGAAGGAGUCGCAGUGCAGCUCUGAGCCUGAACUGAGCGACACCAGCACCGAAGAGGAGGACGACUCGGCGGAUAAAGGCCCCAAACAGGACAGCAAAGAUGCAGAGAAACUCGUUACAUUAACAGAUCAACCGCAGACCGUCGAGGAAGCAGCAAAGUGUGAGGAAAGUGUGAGUGGUGAAGGCGAGGUGCCGCAGGAGCAAGAAGAGUCGUCAGAAACAAAAGAACAAAAAGAGCUUCAUGAGAACAGUGACGGCACCAAAGAGGAGAAGGUCAGCGAGGUUGAGGAAGAUGAAAGGGCCGAAGAGAAGGAGAAAUCAGAGGACGCCGGCGAACCUCCGCAUCCCGUCAGCGAGGAAAACGUGGCACAAGAUGACAAGACGGCAGAUCCUCUUGAAGAAACGCCGACUAAACCCGCCGAUGCUGAGGCUGCAGAGAAAGAUGAAGGCGAGGAGGGGAAAACUGCGGCGGAGGCUGACAUUCAGCACGACGAGACGGGGCAAGGGGGAAAAAGCGGAGAAGAGGAUGAGUCAUCAGUAUCAGAGCCGAAUAAAAAGGCUGAUGAGACAGCAGAUAAUGCAGAGGCGGAGGCGAUGACAGCAAGCGAGACAAUGGAGAUGAAAGCAGAGUCCUCAGAGGAGCAAGAGGCCCUCAGCCGUGAAGAGGCACCUGUAACCGACACAGAGGAAAGGCAGCAGGAAGACGGCGAGGACCGAGCUGCAGCAUCAGAAAGCGAAGUCGCAGCAGAGGAUUCGAGCAGCUCGCCGGAGGGGAGCGGAGACACCAUAGUGGAAAAAACAGUAGAAACAAGUGAGGAAAACACAAUUAAAGACUACGCUGAAGAAGAGGCGUCAGGAACAGAGGCUAGCAAAGAUGAGAGUCAACAAGAAAGACGUGAGGGAGAAGAGAGGACGGAAACCUCUGUGGAAACAGAUGAAAAGGUAGAGGAGCAGAAAUCUGAGGGUACAGAACAAACUCAUGUGCAUCCAAAUGUAACAGAGGAAGAUGAAAAUGUAGAACAAAGAGAAGAGGAAGAAAAAAAUAGAUCAGAAGAAGAGGGUCAUGAUGAAAGUAAGGCAGAUGAAACGACUGACAAAAAGGAAAAUACUGCGGAGGGAGCUGAGGGUGACACAAAUGUUGAAGAAAAGCAAAGUGAAACAGAAGCUGAGGAAACCGUAGUUGAGGAGGAUCCUGUUGCAAAUGAAGAGAAGGUGGAAGAAUCGGGAAAGACAGAGAAAGAUGAGACUGGUGAAAGUGUCGAGAAUAAAAAUGACGAGGAAGAAUCUGGAGAAAAGGGAGCUGAUAAAAGUAACGAGGGCGAAGACAGAAGUGAGACAAAGGCAGAAGACAAAAACGACGAGGCAGAAAAGUCGGAGGAAGACGAGCACAAAGCCGAGCGAAGUGACGUCACGGAGAAUAAAAAUGGGGAAGAAUGUGAAGAGAUAAAAGACGAUAAGACCGCAGGAGAAGGAGGAGAAAAAUCUGCAAUUACAGAAGAACUUGAGAAAAGUGCAGAUGCAGACUUGGAUAAAGAGAAUGGGCAAAAAUCUCCAGAGAAUGUUGUUGAGUCAGAGGAUGUCGGCGACAGCGAAGCAGCAGAUGGGACUAAAACAACUGAAGAUGUGCUAAACGACGUGACGGAGGCUGAAAAUGUGACUGGAGAGACUGAAAGAGCAAGUAACAGCAGUGAAAAGGAAGAAAUUGAUGCUGAAAAUGGGGAAUUUUCCACUUCAGCUGAAAGCAAACCUCAGGAAGAUGACUUUAAAGCAGCAGAGAAUGGCCAAGAAGUAAGACAAAGAGAGGAGCAAACUGAAGAUGAGAGCACAGAUGUAAAAGAAAUAACUGUGGAGUCUGGAAAAGAUGAGGACGGCAAAGACGUUCAGGCUCCUGAUGCUGAUGUGAUAGAAAGUGAGGCUGAGAAAGAGGAAAGUGCGGAAAAGCAGGACGAAACGACUAAAAAUGACUCCGAGCCAGAAACAUCUGGUGUGGAAAUAAAAGAAGAUCCUGAAUUAGAUGACAAAAAAAGCAGCGAGGAAACAAAACGAGAUGAAAAUGGCAACAAGGCCGAGCUUGAUAACGAAAAUAAAGAGUCAGACUCAAUGGAAAAGAACAACAACGAACAGAAUCCCAUCGAUGAGGUGAUCGUUGUGGCGGCAUGUUCAGGAGAACAAUCUUCUGCACCAGUUGAUUUAGACAAUGCCGUUCCCCACGUAGAUGAACAGAAUACGGAGCCUGUUGUAGAGUUUAAAACAGAGAAAAACCUCCAUAAUGAUGAGAAUACAGUCAGUGUUGACGUCUCUGCUGCCGACGUAGAAAACGGAGCAGACACCGAAGAGGCGAGCAAGGCCUCGGAAGAAGGAGCAAGUGUUCUGCUCAAACCUCAAGCCCAAAACAAGGAGGCCAAUAAAGCAGAACCGAGCGCCGCCUCGUCCAAAGACAUUCCAGAGAUCUUAGCGAGAGAAGACAACUCAGAUCUGGUCACGAACUGGGUGAACGUGCACCAAACGUCCAGGUUCUUCGAGACGUUCGUCGAACCUUUAGAAGAUCUGCCGGAGGAGGUUUCAGACGGCGAAGUAUCAAAAUCUAAAAGUGAAGAGACGCAAUCGGCAGAGCUGCAGAGAUCAGAGACUCCAGGCAAGAUCAUGCCCGAAGACGAAGAUGAAGCGCAGGAGCUCAAAGAUGAAAAGAAGCCGACGGACGAAACCAAAGUGGAAGAGAAGAUGGAGGUGAAAAGCUUAAUAACACCAAAAGCAGAGACUGAACAAAGUGACCAAGAGUCUGCAAACAGGCAGGACGUCAAGUCAGAAGAAGAGCCCAAAGAAAGCAGAGGAUCUACUGAAGAAAACGAGGCUCAAGAUGAACCACCGCAAGGACUCGGUGAGAAAAAUGUUAAUCCCAAAACCGAAGUGGAAAGCAUCUCAGGUACUCAUCACUCCGUGGCCAGCGGCAAACCUGAGAGUGAUAAAACCACAGAUGGUGAUCCAGACAUGAAUGUAAAACCAACAGACACGACAGAUCUUCAACCUUCUGUCAAACCAGAAGAGCGUCAAGACUCAAAGGAAGGAGUGAAAGAAGCCGACGAAACCUGGGAAACAAUGAGCCGAGAAGUUACCGAAAUAACCGAUUUUACAAAGUCAGACGACGGAAGCCAAGACGAGUCCCACGGCGGAGAGACCCAAACCAAAGCGUCCGACGGGAGCCGAGACAGAAGAGACGCGCAGCUGAUCCAGGACAUCAAACACACCCUCAGCAAAGACCGACUCAGCACCUUCUCGGUGGACGAAACUCUGUUCGGCCGCAGCUCGUAUCCGUUACUGGCGGCUGCGAGGACUGAGAGUGGACAUUAG